UAUACUAUCUGUGCUAAGUAGGAUGAUAUGUCCCAGUCCAACAAGUUGUAUGCAUCAUAUUGAUUUUUGCCGUGGUAGGACAACAAUAUUUCAUUUAAGUGCAUCAUGCAGACAAUAUAAAAUUUUCGUCUGUGCUAUUUUCAUCGGGGAAAAAAAUAUUUUAAGUAUGUUUUUAAAAGACAUUUCUUUUAUUAACUUUUUUAAUGAUUUUCAAUUUUAGAUAACGUGCAAAAUUUAAUGAAAAUUUGAUGAAAUGAAAAUGUGGUUGGUAAUGGUUUACUCUUUCCUGUCAUAUACCUGCGAUGGAAGUUCUGUGAAUCAAAGUACUCAUAGCUCUGUGAAUACCGCAUAUACGGGGACCGAUAUCACGGAUAUCAAAAUGGAAGUUGACGUUAUGAAAGGAAAUUACCAUGAUCUACUUCUUAGAGUAAUUAAUAACGAACAUGAAAUCGUUACCUUGAAAGGUCAAACACAACAAAUGGUAAAUGAACUUGAAAACACUAAGCGGACAUUUUCAUGUGAAAUUGAAGAUUUACGAGCGACAACUAUUCAGUAUGAACAAGAAAUAAACGAAACAAAAAAUUCAUGGAAUACAUUAAAUGAAACAAUACAAGAUUUAAGUCAGAGCGUCAGUGUGUUAAAAAACAAAUUGUCAAUUCUGGAGAGCCUUGAUACGAAUAGCAAUGAGCAUGACGAUGGAAAAAGUAACGAACCAGGUCUGGCAAGUGAGAAACAAGAAUGCCCUUUGGAAUGGAUAAGAAAUGUCGACUUUGGAGCAUGUUAUUUCUUUAGUAGUAAACCAAGGUCGUGGGAUGGUGCACAGGAACAAUGCAGAGAACAGAACGGAUCGCUUGCAGAUAUUCAUUCUGAAGAUGAAGCUCUGUGGAUGGCUGACGCUGCUCGUAAUAAUGGAGGUGUGAAUUAAUUAAGCAUGCUUGGAACUCACACCACAUCUUCCUAUAUCUAUUGGUCAUUUUCCUUAGUUUCUUUUGUUACAUAUUCUGAAUCGGACUCGGACUUCUUUUAAAUGUAGUUUUACUGUGUGUUUUACUUCUGUUUGUAUAUUCUACUUUAGCUAAAUGUAUAGGGGGGUGUUUGACAUUGCUCAACAUAUACUUAACCCUGCCGCAUUUUUGCGCCAGUUCCAAGUGAGAAGCCUCUGGCCUUUGUUAGUCUUGUGUGGUUUUUUUUAUUUGAAUU